UUCUACAUCUUGAUCAAAGCUGCAUCUGCUCAGAACUUCAGAAGGGGCCCUUAGAGAGUCUGCAGCAGGCGGCAAGACCUCAGUAUGAGUCGCCAGAACAAUACAACCCCGACCAUCAGCGAAUACGAGGAAGCCAUUGGCAGUCCCGCAACUUACCAGCAUGAUAAACUUGUCAUUAAGCCACGGCGCGACUCCAGCAGCCAUCCUGCUGGGGCCUCUCCCUCUAUACGUCUGAGCAAGGCCAUUGACUUUGAUGGGCUUUCUUGGCCUGCACGGGGCACGAAGGAAAGGCUGAAUGAGUCUGCGGAAGCCAAGGAAGCGCGGCUGCAAAAGAUGUCUGGCGCGAUACGUACUGUACUGGAGUGUCUAGGCGAAGACCCUGAGCGGGAAGGACUGUUGGAUACGCCAAUGCGGUAUGCAAAAGCAAUGAUGUACUUUACACAAGGCUACACGGAAGAUUUGCGCUCUGUGCUCAACUCUGCCGUCUUUGAGGAAGACCACAAUGAGAUGGUCAUUGUACGCGAUAUUGAGGUCUUCAGUAUGUGUGAGCACCAUCUAUGUCCGUGGUUUGGCAAGAUGAGUAUUGGCUACAUCCCCAACAAGCGUGUCAUUGGUCUAUCCAAGCUUGCACGCAUUGCAGACAUGUUUGCACGCAGACUGCAGGUGCAAGAACGCUUCUCAAAACAAGUUGCACAGGCACUGCUUGAAGUACUGCAACCAAAAGGCGUUGCUGUGGUUGUCGAAGCAAGCCAUAUGUGCAUGACGAUGCGGGGUGUGCAAAAGACAUCUGCAACGACCGUCACGAGUUGCAUGCUUGGAUGCUUUGAGAAGAGUCAAAAGACACGCGAGGAGUUCCUCAGUCUUGCUUUGCGGCGUUGAUUCUCGAUUCAUGCAAUUACAAGA